AUGAGAGCUUGCUCCGCCUGCGCGAUCCUCCCGGGAGCAACUGCUGCGGCUGUGACGAUCGCCCGGCGGAGUAUUUGCCAGUGGAGUCUCCGUCCGCGCCGCAACAGCCUCAACGUUCCCUCUUCAUGGGCGCUGCGGGGGAAAGUGGUCUGCAGGGUCCUCAAGGAGGAGCUGGAAGUGGAGAGUUCUGGGUACCGGAGCGGAGUUACAGAGGAGGGGGAAGAAUUAGUCGUCAAAGAAGCGGGUGAAGCCGCUGGAGACGAUGGGCUUGAGAAGGCGGGGCUCGAUGACGUCAGUGUGUCGCCGAGGUCGGAGGUCCCUGUUGAGAAGGAGAGGAAAAAAGAAGAGGUCGAUGGGCACGACCGGUACCAGGUCCGGAACGGGAAAGAGGUCGGUUGAAUGCUCUGUCAUCCUUUUGUAGAGUCUAAUGUAACUUCUGAUGAUCUCUUCGAGUCCUGAGUAUGCUUUUUGUUUAGUAAGAUUCUGGUUUUCCGAAGAGUUUCUCGAAAGAAAAUUUAACUCUCGUUAGAAAAAGCAAUGUUGCUUACAGUGGAUGAUAACAAUUGGAGAUUUUAGAUUUCUAUAUGGUGUUGGACCGGAUAAGAGUUCACACAUCCUCCAACAGAAUGAUGUUUGAAGUCGGAGUUCAUGCUCCAUGUAAUCUGACGUAAAAAAUGCCCGUUUACACAUUUUUUUUGUUACGUCGAUUUGCAUUAUCCUAUCCUCACCUUUAUCCACAUUCUUUCCUUAGGUAGUUAUCCGUGUGCAUCACUUUAAUGACUAUAUGACCGAUAUGUUAUCUCUCGCAUUUAGUCCUAUGUUUGUUUUUCCAGAAAAAUGGCUAUUAGUGGUGAUUUAUGCUAUUUCAUAUUUGACGGAUGCUUUGACAUAUGAAUAACUGGAGCCUGUUUUGUGCUUUGGUGAUAAUUUAAUUCAAAUACUCUAUUUCAUUAUGAAUUUCAUGUUUUGAAAAGGGUCCUUGUAAAUUUUUAACUUCAUGCGGAAGAAACACGAUCAGAUGUUCAUAAUUGGGAGGUCCUGUCUGACUUGAUUGGCUGCAACAAUUCGCCGCAUCAAUUCUCCAUGUUCUAUGAUUUUUUAUAUAAAAAAAUAGCAUUGACUGCAUCAAUUAGAACUGCCAAAUUUUGGUCAUUUGGUACUGUUUCCUUAUCUAAAUUUCCUCUCCCUUUCAUCUCCUUGAAAAUUAUUGUCAAAACACAGGGUAUAUGAAUUUUUUUUCUGUCUAUUUGGUCCCAAUCUAGAGUCUAGUGCCUAAUUUUAUUAUGUUCAUUAUCUUGAUUGGAAUCUGAAGCUAAUUACUUGAUUCACAUGAUCGUAAGCUUCUGUACUUUGGUUCUCCUGUGUAUGAUUUGGUUUUCCUGAUUAUAGUUGCCCAUGUUACAUUUUUCUUUUUUUUCCCUCAGAAAGUUAUGAAAUGAAUACUGUUGGGACUUGAAAUUCCAGGUAUUUGCGGAGAAGGCAUACUUAGUAGGUGUUGAAUGUAAAAGUAGUGAGGAUAAGUUAUUCAGCAUUGAAGAAUCUCUCAAGGAACUUGGACAGCUCGCAGAUACUGCUGGACUUUUCGUUGUUGGCUCUACAUAUCAGAAGUAAGUCUUUCUUUUUUAAAUUUUGAUGGUUGACCAUGGGCCAACAUGAAGGCCUUUAGCCACACUGACUGAUGCUAAGCAGAAUUUGUGCUCUGGUAAGCUGAAAACGUUAACCGGAAUUCUACUUGUUGAUCUGAGUACAUUUUAUCAUUCGUGUAUCUCUACUUUCGUGAUGAAGUGUGAUGUAGUUUUUAUAGUUUUUACUUCGUGAUGUUCUUUGAAAUUGUGGUCCAUGGAAGUUUAGAUAUAUCCAAUUCUUUUAGGUUAUUUUAAAAUGAUAACGAUGGCAUAAAUUUCAGACACAUGAUGAUUAUAAAGCAAAUGAUUUGCUUCUUCUAUAGCACCAUCCGCUGCAUUGCUUGGAACAGGGACUGUUAUUACUCCAACACCUUGAUAAAUGUUCAAAGCAAUAAGGCAUAAUGUACAGUGUUUUGAAUAUUGCCUCCAUCUGGUUUUUCCUGAAAAAUGUAACUUUGAAAAGAGACGGUAUGAUCGUUUGUACCUUUUGAUUACGUUAAUGUCUCGUUAUUUGGUGAUGGGGCUUUUAAGUCCUAUGCUUGGUUUGAGCACAUGUAGUGUUUCGUUGGCAACAUCAUGUGGAUUUGGGUCUGAAGUGUUAAGUUUCAGAUAAAUUUAUUUUUGGAAAUUCAAAAUUUUGAACUGCUUUAUAAUUGAGUGUUGAUUUAGCUUUCAUGGAAGAUACCUCAGGGAGGUGGAAGUUACAAUACGACAGUUGUAUGUAUAACUAACCUUGCAUGAAUAAGAAGACAUCAAUGCGUGUGUUUCAUUUUGGCAUUGGGAAUUUUAUUUCCCAAAACCUGAGAUUGGAUUUUCCGUAGAAAUGUCUAGUAUGUUUUUAUUGUGUGAAGAAUAUUAUAGGAAGUUUCGAGUCAGUGGUGAGAGAAUAUGUUGACGAAAAAGUUUCUUGGAGCCAGUGCUGGAGGUUGUGUUGUCCAUGUUGAAGUUACUGAGUGCUCCUAGCCUAAGCUCUCAGAGUUGUCAGUCCAGUGAUAGACUGACAAAUCGCAUAAUCUGAAUCAUUCCUGCCAUUGAAACGAUAUCCGUAUUUAGAAUAUUAGCCCAUCUUCAAGGCUUUAAAGAUGAAGUGGAAGAUACUGUUUAUGCCAUUGUUGUCACUAAUGACAUUAUUGUGCCUAAGGCCUCUAUUAACCGUCAUUGUAAAAAUCUUUAUCUCUCGAAAGCAAUCGCAAUGGUUACUUGAAAACAUAUUACUUAAAGUUCAAUAGGUAGUUUCAGUUCAUUAACUUAAUGAGUUCCUCUAUUUAUAAACAUUAGAGUGAGUUGACAUUUUUACGUGGGAAUUCUUCCAUUGUGAAAUCUUGUGCCCUUUUUUACCAAAUAAAUCUCCUUCUAUCUUUUUAUUGUAUUAUUUGGCUUUAUUAAUUUUCCCUUUUGAACUGACUGUGCUUGGACUAAAGAUUAUCGUACCUGCCAUUUAGGCUUUCAACUCCAAACCCAAGGACGUACAUUGGAUCAGGAAAGGUUUCAGAAAUCAGGAGUGCAAUCCAUGCUCUUGAUGUGGAGACUGUAAUCUUUGAUGAUGAGCUUUCUCCAGGGUAGGGUGCUUCAAUUUAUUUAGGAUAAUUAUUUUGCAUUUGGUUGGUUAUGGUAUAAAAAGUAAAAUAGAUUUAUUUAGAUGUUUUAUUAAGACAGAUAUUCUCCCUGUUUGGAGGGUCGGUGUUUACGUUUAAAUGAAAUAAGGAUAAUGGACAGGAUAUUGGCCACAUAAGAACUCAUUUUAGUUCGUAAAAUUUUUCAAGUCUUAUGAAGAAAAGGGUUUGAACUUAUCCAAAUUUUCAAACGGGAAUAUCUUGUUACUUAUCUGGAAAAAUGUAGCUCUUACUCAUGAAUGACAUGUUAAAAUUCAUUUUCUGGAUAGCGUUGGCCUAAAAUUCUGACCUCUCUGUAUAAUGUCUUAUAUUGAAAUCAUCAUCUGCUGAUAGGAUAGAAUAAGACAACGAUAUGGAAUCAGUUGGAUGAAUGCAUGCUUCACUUUGUUUCAACAGAUGCUGAAUGAAUGACAUAAUCACUACUCUCAUAAUAGUUUGAAUGACAUAUACUGAUUUCUCUUCAUGUUAACCUGUAGGCAACUGCGCAACCUAGAAAAGGCUUUUGGCGGGGAUAUCCGGGUUUGUGACCGCACUGCUCUUAUUCUAGAUAUUUUCAACCAAAGGGCUGCAACUCAUGAAGCAUCAUUACAGGUAACUAUGCAUAUAAUUUUUGUGUCAUGCACGCCCAAAACCACCUUCUUAUCCUGUUUUACAUUGGAAUUAUGAAUGUAGCACAUGGAAUUUGUCUGAUGUAAAACUUUUUAUCCAUGUUUAUUCACAAUUACUCAAAGUCUACUCAGGUAUGAAUGGUGUGCGUCCAUCACAAAAUACUAGAAUUUACUUACGUAUUUUCAUAAUGGGUUUUAGAUUCUGUUCGUGAUUUGGUAAAUUAUAUGAUCUGUUUGAGCCUCUUUCUGUCCCAUACCUCUACUUUUAAUUUCUAUUAAGAUUCUGUGAGGCCAUAAAUAUUAUUUAAGAAAGCGAGACGAAGUUUCACUUAAAAAAUAUGUUUACAAUACUACUCUAUUCAUGAAAUGUCGACUGGAUUUAUACAUGCGCUUUAACAUUCUUUUACAUGAAUGCAUCCAGACGAAUAUAACUUACCUUUUUAUAGUUUCCGCAUUAUGUAUUACAUCAUGAAGUUAGUAUUAUAGUUAUUGUUGUGAAAGGAAAUUACCUCUUUCCAUGAUACAUGCCCAUUAUCCUGAGACAGCUUAUUCUUUAGGUUUCCUUGGCACAAAUGGAGUACCAACUUCCACGCCUGACAAGGAUGUGGACUCAUCUUGAACGUCAAGCAGGUGGCAGGGUUAAGGGUAUGGGUGAGAAACAAAUUGAAGUAGACAAGCGUAUCUUGCGCACUCAAGUAAGUCUUUUAGAAUUUUGAAGGGUUUUGAUGCUACAUUUAUAUGUUGAAAUAAACUAUUUUGCGUUCUCUCCCUCUCAUGUUAGAAGCAUAUGUGUAAACAAUGACAAUUUUCUACCAAGUUCCCCAUUGAUAAGAUGUCUCUUAGGCUGAUAGCAAUCCGUCGAUUUAUUGAAACACAUUCACAAUGCAAUCAAAUCAAGUAACACAUGGUAUUGUUUUCAUUAAUUUUUCAUUUCCUUUUUCGUUUGAAUUAUGUUUCACAGAUAACUGCUCCUUUAGUAGUUUGGUAGGGUAAACCACUGUUUAAGCUAACACAAUGGCUGAAAGUAUAUGAGGUGGGGAUUAUGUGCUUAUUUUCUAUCAGCAUACGUAAAAGUUUCAAGUACUGGUUUUCUAUCUAGUGUAUAAGUGGCUUAGACAAUUACUGAGAUUCAUUGGUAAUUAUGACGGGGCUACGACCAUCUAACUGAGAAACUAUUGAUUCGUUGCCCCUCUACUAGAUUUUAGUGUUGGUUGGAUGUAAGAUAAAUACAUGCUAUUCGUUGUCAAGCAAAAACUUAAUUGAAUACUUUCCUAUGUUCGUAAGCAGGACUAUGAUUUCAUCUUAAGCUUAAUGAUUCAGCUUUACCUUGAUAAUCAAAACAGGGUAAUAAUCAUCUCAGCCUAUUUCUCUCAUUUUUUGUCAUCGACAUUGAUAUAAUACCGUUGACUAAGGAUUACAAUUUGUGCAUCUGUUGAUCCAGUACUUGUUAUUCGUUUAAUUUUUGCAUUGCCCUCUGUCAACAGAUCGGUGUUUUGAAAAAAGAAUUGGAUACUGUUCGGCUACAUCGUAAGCAGUAUCGUACUCGUCGACUAUCUGUACCACUCCCUGUGGUAUCUCUGGUAAAUUCAAGUAACAUAUGUUCGGCUUUUUAAUAGAUUUUAUAUUUAAUAGACCUAGACUCUGAAUUUUCAACCUUUUCAGGUUGGCUAUACAAAUGCUGGAAAGAGUACUCUCUUGAAUCAUCUAACUGGAGCCAAUGUUUUAGCAGAGGAUCAAUUAUUUGCUACACUUGAUCCGACUACAAGAAGAGUGCUGGUCAGUAAUUUUCGUUUUUCAAUAAAAGCAGAUUCAGAUGAACCUAGUGCUUGGUUCAUAGCAAGAAAUUCACACGAGCUGGCUGAACCCGUUCAAAUUGGUUUUACAUUUUCCACUCGUUGUAUUGCAUAAACAGUAAUUUCCUGAUUUGUUUGUCAAAUGUGUUAAAUCUGAAUUUUCGCCAUGUUAAUGCCGAUACUGUUCCCGAAAUUACAUAACGGUAAAAAGGCACUCAUUUUUAAAUAGUUGUGGCCCAUCCUGUUUGGAACAUCUGAUACAUACAGCCAUCUCCUCUUUGCAGAUGAAGAACGGGAAGGAAUUCCUUCUGACGGACACUGUAGGGUUCAUUCAGAAACUGCCUACUACUCUGGUAAAUGCUUACUAAUUUCCACCACUACAUUCUUACUUCUCUCUCUUUCAUUCUUUACUACAGUCUCCAUCUGAGCUUUGCUUAUUAUUUUCUCAUUGGAUUGUCUCAAUAUGUUCGAAUAUUUCUAGAUAUAUUUUUUUAUUUAUUUCUCAGGGAAUAUAUUUGAACACAUCUUAAUCUGUCUGAGAGCAUAAAGGUUGUUAACGUUAAUUUUCUGAUGAGGGUGACUUUGUCAGGUUGCUGCAUUCAGGGCCACAUUGGAAGAGAUUGCCGAAUCAUCAGUUUUAGUUCAUGUUGUAGAUAUUAGGUAUUACCCUCUUCCACUAUGUUUACAUUUAUUUCUGUCGAAAUGAUUUAUAUUUUUGGGGUGAUUAUAAUCUUUUUUGUGGUUAAAUUGAACGCAAUUCAGCCAUCCGCUAGCACAGCAGCAGAUAGACUCGGUAAACAGAGUUUUGUCCGAGUUAGAUGUUGCUUCAAUCCCAAGGAUGGUGGUUUGGAACAAGGUAAAAAAAGCUAAAUCUUGUUUUUAGGGUUCCAAUGCUUGGUUGUCACUCUUGUCUCUCUCUUUAUUUGGGUUCCAAUGCAUAAAAUAAUACGUACUUUUAUCAGUGAUAAAAUUAAUCCUUUAAGGGCAUUGACUUUCUAGCAUGGAAACUCUCUCAGGUCCACUAUCAGGUCUACAUAAUCCAUUUACCUGGCAUGUAUAGAGUUUUCAUAAAUUCCUUGACGCAUGUCUUGCCGAGUGCAUGGAGUGAGGGUCUCUUGUAGCUGCACUCCAUAUGUAUUUUAUCUUGUUCCUAAGUCAACUCUCUUCUGUGGCCUAUGUUUUGGGAUGCAGAAGGAGUUGACUAUCAUCGAGCCUUAACCGAUCCAUCAACACCUUCAUAAGAUUGGAUCUGGUGGUCUAGGCUUGUUGGCUAUUUUAUACUGCUGAUUAUGACCACGAUGACGAUCAUGUUGUCGUACUCAUAACAUAUCACUGAUUUCACCUUGGCGCAGGUUGACAAGGCCCCUGAUCCCCAUAGGAUCAGAAGGGAAGCAGAACAGCUUGGAAUCGUCUGUAUAUCAGCCUUGCAUGGCGAUGGUUUAGAGGACUUCUGCCAUGCCAUUCAAGAAAAGCUGAAGGUAUAUAUAUAUAUAUAUAUAUAUUCUCUUUCGAAUUCCCUCCCUGAAAUCAUUAAUUCGCCAUUGAUGUGGUAGGAUUCUCUGGUCCGUGUGGAAGCUUUGGUUCCAUAUGACAAGGGAGAACUGCUCAGCACCAUUCAUCAGGUUGGAAUCGUGGAGGAAACUGUGAGUAUCAUGAAUUCAUUCUCUCCGGUCAUUUUCUUUCGGUGGCUUCUGAUCUCUCAGAUCAUUCUAUAGAAUAUACUUUAUGUUGUAUCUUCUCCGUCAUAAUUUACAUCUUAUACAUCUACCCAUGAAGAAAAUUUGCAGUCUUUCAUAAGCCUCAUAUCAUCAACGGUUCAUGUUUGAAUUACAAAAAAAAAAAAGAAAAAAAAAAGAAAAAAAAAAAGAGAGAACCAUUCCUACCAUCAUCUCAACUAAUAAACUCCUGCAACCGGAGUCUCCUAUGUACUUAAUCUGCUGUAUUUAUUUAAUAUUAUUUUUAUUUCACUAAGCUGAUGGUUUCCUGACUUUACCUUACUCUCAUUACUUUUUUUUUUCUUUCCCCAUGUGAAGGAAUACGUGGAGAAUGGGACGUGGGUGAGGGCCCAUGUUCCUCUUCCAUUGGCGAGACUGCUGACUCCAAUGAGGCAACAGGUGGCCAUGACCCAGUAG